CUGUUCACAGCCGGCGCUGCCGGCCAAUGCUCGUUGCUCACAGCUAGCCCCCGCUCUAGCUGCUCUAGCCCUUAUCCUCCCUGUUGCGUGUUCAGCCUUGUGCACUGCGCUCGGUGGGAGUAAUUUUGUCAACAGUUUUGCCACCGCUGUCGGAAAUCAUUAUGCUUAUCAAAGUUAAGACGCUCACCGGCAAGGAGAUAGAAAUUGACAUUGAACCCAACGAUAAGGUUGAGCGGAUCAAGGAGAGGGUUGAAGAGAAGGAAGGCAUCCCACCGGCGCAGCAACGGCUGAUUUACAGCGGCAAACAGAUGAAUGACGACAAGACAGCGACAGACUACAAGGUCAUGGGCGGCUCUGUACUGCACCUGGUGCUAGCUCUGCGUGGUGGGCAAUGGAAGCCCUGUCGACAGUAGGAUGAGCCAAUUAAUUUGUUUCAGUGCAAGUGAUGCUAUGUGCACCUUGCUUUUCUAAUUGGGGCACCAAAAAUGAAUUUCACUUUAUGCUGCUAAAAGAAAUUUUGUCAAUAAGAAUGUCAUACUUUUGUCGUGCUUUAUUUGCUUGUUUAAACCUCAGAGUUAAUAAAUGUGCAUAUCAGCAAGUGCACUAGUGAAGCUCUUUAGCGUAUUACCUGCGUUCUCUUGAAAGAAUUUGGAAAUAAAGCUUUAAAAACACUUUUGUAAAAGGAGCAA